AUGGCACCUCAAUGGCUCGAAAAGUUCAUCGUAUACGCCGAUGCGACGCCCGACCCGCGCAUCGCCCGCGGUGACCACGCAGCCACGGAGGUACGCUACAGUGUCAUUCCAAACAGCAACCGGCGCAUUCUCCGCAUACAGGGCGACACGGGACCGCGAUGGCAGGUCGAACGGCAGGCAGUCCUGGGUGCGUGGGGCAGGAAGUGUGUUGUCAGCCGCUCCGAGGGCGCAAUCGAGAAGAUUGCCGUCAUCGACUUCCACACGUUUCCACGGGCGUAUAUUGAGAUUGAGGUGGAGCCGCAUCUACAGGCGGAUCAGAAGCCCCGGGAGAUCAAGGUCUACCUUAAGGAUCAACAGUUCGACGCCAGCGACUGCUCUGGUGGGAAAUUGGGCAUGUUGCGCAGGAAGGAAACGGGCGGCAAGGCUUACGGGGCAGCGUCGUGGGAGAUGCGCGAGUCCGACGAGGCUGAUGGACUCGUCAUGUCGGUAGCGGUCGAUAGCACCCAGGCGAACGGCACCAUUGGGAUAUGGAGGGAGGGGUUGGGCCCGCGGACGAUUGAGGAGCUCGUCCUUGUUGGUGUCUCGCAGAUCGAGCAGUACAAGUUCAUGCUCCGGUCGGCCAAGACGAGUGGUUCGGCAGCAGCGAUCAGCGGUGGGACGGUUGCUGCCGGUGUGGCCAUUUGA